UUUUUUCCUCUCUCCUGAAGUUCCUCAAUAAAAUCCUUGAUGCUGGUGUUUUUGGAAGCUCUGAAGACUUUGUUCAGCCUAAUUCUGACCAACAUAUGCUGGUGAGACAAAGACAAAAGCAAUACUUGUACAAAUUAGAUCAGUGGCACUCAGCUCCUUGGAAGAAAACUGUGGAAGUUCCUCUUGUGAUACCACAUUACAGUUCUUACGUUAGAAACUUGUCUGGAUGUGCUGUAGAAGAAUUAUGGACCCCAGAAAACAUAAAUUCAAAUUUCAGGAGCAUCAGUGUGCCAAAGCUCUCUGAAUGUAACGAUUUCCCAGGGAAUGAUUUGGAAGCAGAAAGCAAGAGGAUGUAUAAUCAGGUUAUAUUUGAUUUGACCCGGGAGUUGUUACGUGCAGAAUAUCAAGUGACUGCAAAUCCAAACACUUUCCCGUGGAUGAAAAUAAACGUGGGAUCUCGCUGUUCCAGGAGAACAGAUGUCAGUGAUGUCAAGACGUUUGUUCAGGGUGAAAUUAUUAAAAUAAUGAACCUGGAAAAGAAUGACUUAGAAAUGAAAAGAAAAUUCCUAAAUAUGACCAAGUAUGGAAACUGUAAGAGAGACAGACUGGACCUUAUUCUGAUUCAGGAGCUCCGUAAAGAAGAGUCUCAGUGGACUUAUUAUGGUGAUGAUGAAUUAACAGUGAAGAUGAGGAUGACUGAAGGCAUAUUUAAUAGCUUGAUCCUUGAUACAAUCAGAGUUCUUAAUAAGAUUUAUCUGAGAAAAGCCUGUGAUUAGAAGUUUUUCCUCAUGGGCCCUAAUGGAGGAAUUUUAAUCUCUGAUUUUUUCCUUUAUUUUUCAGUCAAGAAAUGAGUGAUUUAAGAACUUUAGCUCUGAAUUUGUACCCAAUACCAGUGUGGCCUUGGCCUAAUUUGUACAUUCAUAUUUAUGAAAGGAUCAAGGAGAGACUUAUGCAGACAGAAAAAUAUUACACAGAAUAUUCUCCUUGUGUUCUGUGCUUUGGGAAGGCUCAUUAAGAUCAACGGUCUUCUUAGAUGUCACACAGAUUCCAAAGGGGGGAAAUUUUAUUCUUUUUUUAUUAUUAUUUAAGACUGCACUUUAUCUGCUCUGAAGAGCACAAUGUGUUUUUAAAAUUGUAUACAAGUCUCUACAAACAGGUUUCAGAACCAAUUUGUGUGCAAAUGAUCUUACUUUUGUUAUCAUGCUCAGGUUGUGAACGAUGACAGGUGAAUCAUGCUUUGAAAAUUGUGUUCAGAAAAUCCUUGGUGACUGUCUGAAGAAUGUAAAUGUGCAGAUGGAGUUAAAUCUCCCAGAUCCUGAGUUGCUGUGGGCCUCUGUAGUUUGGAAUAAACUCCUCUAACUGGAACAAGUCUAAAACUUUUCCUGAUGGGUGCAACAGAUUUAAAAGUGUGCAUUACUAUUUUUUUUUUAAUACACUGUGGAACUGGUUAAAAAUAGCCUGCAGAAGGCUUUAGAGAUGUGGAUAAGGAAUGGCAGGACCCAGAGCCAGAUACUCAGUUUAAAUGUCUAUAAUGUUAUGUAAAUGAGACAAAUACUGAUGUAAUGCACUUUAAAUGGGAGACUUUUCUAUCAGUAACUUGAGUGUCUGUCAGUUAAAUAUGUGCAUGUGAUUUGGGUUAUUUAUCACAUGAGUCUGUUGCAUUCUUACAACAUCUCAACAUAGGGUGCUGAGGAUGUACUUUAACUGGCAAAACAGAGGAAAUCAAUAAUCCUUUUGUAAUGGCAAAAUGGGAAAAACCAAGAUUUUAACAAGGAACUAAAAGCAUUCCCUGAGCAUGGUAAUUGGUUCACUCUGUAAAUUGCUGUCCCACCUAUUUUGCCUUAGUUGUUUUCAUGCUCAGUUGUUUCAUAUUGUAUUCUUUCCUGAAUAAACAAAAUAAACCACAUGUAAAA